CAGCAGGCCCAGCAGCAGCAGCAGCAGGCACAGCAGCAACAGCGGCUCUCACAGCCCCAGCAGCAGCAGCAGCAGCAGCAGCAGCGGCAGAUGCAGGGUGGCGGCAGCGAAUGGACCAGCGCCGCGCAGCUGAACGGCCUUGACCUGGGCGUCAGCGCCAGCAGCGGCCGGACCAGCAGCGCCAGCAGCAGCAGCGACGGCAGCGGCGCUGCUGCCGCCGCUGGUAGCAGCAGCAGCAGCAGCGCCAAUGCGGCCGACCCGGCAAGUGUGAGGGGCAGCAGCGGCAGCAGCAGCGACGCGCAGCCGGGCAUGUCGGCUCUGCAGCAGCAGCAGCAGCAGCAGCAGCAGCAGCAGCAGCAGCAGCAGGCCAGGUCAGCCAGCGUUGCCGACGCGGGCUCGAACAGCGCCCUCAUAAACGAGGUCGUCUGCGGCGCGCUGAUGAUGGCCUUCGACCGCGCCGGCCGCUGGCGCGACGCCGCCGCCGUGCUGCCGCGCGCGGCCGCGCUCGGCGUGCGGCCCAACGCGGUCAUGUACAACACGGCCAUCGGCGCCGCCGGCCGCGCGGGCGAGGUCGCGGCUGCGGAUGCGCUAUUCGAGGCCGCGAAGGCUGCGGGCGCGGCCGACCACGUCACAUAUGAGUCGCUGAUCGCCGCGCACGGCAUGGCCGGCGACGCCGCGCGCGCCGAGGCCGUGUUUGCGGCGAUGGGCCCUGCGGGGCUCAAGCCGCGCGAGUACGCGUACUGCGGGCUCGUCGCGGCGCACUCGCUGGCCGGCGACGCGCAGGAGGCGCUGCGCGUGCGCGCGCGGAUGCGGCGCGCGGGCGCGCGGCCUGGCGUGCACGCGUACAACGCGCUGAUCGCGGCCUGCGACCGCGCGGGGCUGUACGAGCGCGCGCUGGACCUGCUGCGGGGCAUGCGGCGCGAGGGCGUCGCGGGCAACGCGCUGACCGCUGAGCUGGCGGCGAGCGUCGGGCGCAAGGGGGCGGCGACGGUGGAGGGGCAGCAGCUGACUGCGGCCGCGCUGUCGGCGGCGAUGGCGGCGGCGGGGACGCUCCUGAUGCGCUCGGGGGUGUUUUGA